CAACGGCAACGGGCGGGAUGGCGUCUCCAGGCACAAGUCUCGCGAUACUCGCUGCGCAAGAACAGCCACUCACGCCCAAAUUGGGCGGGGGGGCCACAUGCACGACGGAAAGACGCGGAGUCUGGACGCAUGCGCAGUUGGAACAGCAGUGAGCGCGCAUGCACGCAGCUUGCCAUUGGACGCCCUACUGCUGUCAGUCUCGGUGGGCGCGGCUGUCGCGAAGGAUGUUACCGGGGGUUCCGCCCUCUGGCCCCGCCCCGCGCCCGAUACCCCGCCUCCUCGUGGCCGCGGGAGUUUUCAGGAGUUGGGUCAGCUCUCUACGCAUCUGUGCGACCUACACGCCUCUGCCCCCGUGCGGGGAUUCAUUAACCCGGGGCGGGAGGUCUCGCGCUCCUGGCGAGUUGCGGGCGCCAUGCGGGUGGCGGUGUUCAUCGUCGAUGCCUUCACGGCGGAGCCGUUCGGCGGGAACCCGGCCGCGGUCUGCCUGCUCCACAGUGACUUAGAUGAAGACAUGCACCAAAAAAUUGCAACAGAAAUGAACCUCUCAGAAACUGCUUUUAUCAGAACACUGGACACCAAAGAUGACUUCACCAAAAGUUCCUGCUUCGGAUUAAGGUGGUUCACACCAACUAAUGAGGUCCCUCUUUGUGGUCAUGCAACGCUAGCAGCAGCUGCCGUAUUAUUCAAUAUACAAGAAAACAUGAAUUCAGCUCUCACUUUUGUAACACUGAGUGGUGAAUUAAAGGCUAAACAAGAAAAAGAUCAUAUUGUCCUGGACUUACCCCUUUAUUCAACUUACCCACAGGAGUUUCAGGAAGUAGAAGAGCUAGUAAAGACAGCAGUAGGUGAUAUGGUUGUUCAAGACCUUCGCUAUUCUCCUGACACAAAAAAACUCCUAGUCCGUCUCAACGAUACUUAUGAAAGGUCUGUCUUGGAGAAAUUAAAAGUGAAUGCCCAAGAUCUUGUGCCAGCUGAGAAGACAGGAAAGGUGAAAGGGCUAAUACUGACACUUAAGGGAAGUUUGAGUGAAAAACAUAAAAAUUAUGACUUUUAUUCCCGAUACUUUGCACCAUGGAAUGGAGUUCUGGAAGAUCCUGUUACAGGAUCUGCCCAUGCUGUUUUAGGCAGCUACUGGUCACAGCACCUUGGUAAAAGUGAAAUGCUUGCUUGUCAGUGUUCUCCCCGUGGAGGAGAAAUGAAGAUCUCACUACAGAGUGAUGGAAGGAUUGACAUCGCUGGUCAAGUUGUUAUUGUCUUAACAGGCAAUUUGACAUUCUGAAGGGAAUCAGCACUAACAGCUCCAUCUGUCUGAGCUUCAAAUUAUUCAAAUUGUAUCUGGUUAUAUCUUGGUCUUAAAGUGCAAAUCAUCAUCACUGUCUUGUGAAACCCAUAAUUCUUAAUUGUUUCCUCCCCGCUUCAGAGAUUACUUGAAAAUUGUCUUUCAGGUCUUCAGGGUGUUCAGUGGACUUUCUCUUGAUCAUCCUAUAUCCUUCUAAACUAAAUGAUUCUUUUUUGUUUCUUUUAAAUCCCAGAUUUCUUCUUGCCUUUUUCCUUUUUGCAGGUAUAGAGUCUUUUCUCACACUGUCCAGUAACAUCCUUCUUGUAUUCCUACUCCUGUGAUCUCCUUUUUAUGUACAGACUCAUCUUAAAAGCUAUUUCUGGUCUCUUUCACUCGCUCAUAAAAUAAUUAAAUCCUUCCUUUAUGUUCAAUCUCUCUUUCUGAAGUCUGACCAUUGUUCCUCUUUUUUCUUUUCCUUGCAUCCUGUCUUUAAUAAUUUACUUGAUUUAAAAUGUGAAAACUAAUUGUACGUGAAAUCCUCUUUCUUUCUUCUCUUUUGAAUUAUGCUUUUCAAGAAGAAUUAUAUUGAAGAAGCUUAUAACAUUAAAUCUUGAUUUGAAAUUUCUGGCUGAAGAACACAGAUGGCUACACUAAGCUACUUUUAUUGAAUGCUUCAAAAUCUGAAGCUUUCCUCCUAGUUCAAAAGUCCUUUCUGCAGUGUCCUCUCUGUGCAACAUUAUCUCUAAUCUUAUGUCAGCUAUUUUCUUGAGUCUUUACUUUGCUGCUGUUUUGGUGUUCUCUCAAUUCAUCAUUUAGGAAUAUAAGACUCUUUUAGUUGUCAUGACCAGUUUAUCUACCACUCUUUCUUCCUCUUUCCAAGUCACUUUUUUUCUAAAUUUUGCUUUAAGUCUUUCAUUUUUUUUCUUUAUUUUGUAAUUAUCUCUCAGUGUGUACAGCAUUUUUAAUUCAAAGGUAUUGUCAUCCUGCAUGAUCAGUUGGCAGUAAUUUACAUGGCUUAUAUAUAUUGGGGAGAUUGGCUGUACUGAAGGUGAACUCCAGUACUGUCAUUACUUUGUGAUUUUCAUCUUGAUAAUCUCCAAAGCUCCUGGAGAUGAGUAAAGAUGUAAAAAUCUCAGAUUUCAUUUUAAAAAGUAAGUUUCUCACCCUCAUAGUUGCAUAUAGAAUAUUGAUAAUGUGACUUGAAUAUCUUAAAGGUUCACAGCCAGUAGGUAAACAAAAGGAACCUCCAAUUAAAAAUAAAAAUAAAAAAUCUCACGCAUGCUUUUGGCCUGGCUCAUGAAUUUUGAAUAUUUGAGGUUUUCGUACUGAAACUCAAACAUGAGGGAGGGCACUGGAGUCAGCCUAGGAGGAGCAUGUCUUGCAGCCAAUUGAAAAUAACCUGCCCACUUUUGGAGAUGCACUGCUCACUCAAGACGCCUGGUAGACCAGCAAAUGUGGGCAGCUUGCUCUGCUACAUUCCCCAUUGUAGGCAGGUUACUCAGGAAGUGAGAGUGACCCACAAUCUAAUCUGAGAAAUGUUUUUAGAAAAACUCCUUUAGAAUGUUGAUGCAUAAAAAAGCAAUUAUUGUUCACCUGUCCAGAUUUAACAAAUAGACAGUACAGCUUUCUCCCCCAAGGGGACUAAUAAUCAACAAAGCCCAAUAACUUUUAAAUGUGCCUGCUAUCUAAAUCUUCCUGACCAAACCAAUAUACUUGCUGCUUAAUGCAAUUUUUUUUGUAGUUUAUUUUUUCUUAGCCUCCAUUUCUGUUCAGGAUAGAAAAAUCACCAGAGCUCAGGUGGGAGACUCUGCAGUAAUGUGUUUGUAAUCAUCAGAUUAGUUAAUCAGCUAUGAUUUAUUAAUGAUGAAUUAAUUAUACCUGAUUGUGCAGUUCUGCUGGCUAAAUGGAGCUUUAAAGGGGUUAUUUUAUUAAUCAUCACUGUGCUAAUUGCAGACACUUACAGGAGGAUCACUAAUUAAACAUGCAACCAUAUGCAAAACAAGCUAGGCUGCUGAGUGCAGCAAGAAUAAGAACACUCAUUUUCUGACUAACAAACUUUAUUUUCCAUGAAAUAUUAUGUAGUUGACCUGGUGAUGCUAAUUACUCACCAAGAAUUAUUUUAAUAUGUUACACAUUUUCAGUCAGCAAAAAAAGGAAAUUGAUCUUUAAACCAAAUUCCAUAGGCAUUCUGUCCCAGCCAAAUUCUAUUGAGCUUUCCUGGUGCAAAAGCUGUAAGCCAUGUGAACAAUCCAAAAAUAAAUUGUUUACAGUUUCUGUGAGAUUUUUCACAUUUCCAUGGCAAAUUAUUAACCAUGCAAAUGGAAGAUGAUUUUUAGAAACAGUUGUCAUAACCUGCAGCAAGGUACUGAAUAUCACUUACUAUAUGUAGUAGAGUGGCUUCAACACAUCGUAAAACUAAGGCAAUUAUAGAUUUUAAAUAUAAAGUAUAAAUGAGUGUUUAAAACAGAAAACAAAUGAGGUAAACCUUGGUUAAAAAAGGAAAUACUGGAAAAAUAUGCAUCAGAAGGUUUCUAGAACGGGUUGGCAGCCUAUGGUUUGUGGACUGGAUCUGGCCUGUGGAGUCAUUUGAUCUGGCAUUCGGAUGUGGAGCUAUGGCGCUGUCAUUUUUCCCUGCAACCACAGGAAGACUGGGUGAUUUCACUGUGCUGCCAUGGGGAAAAGUGAUGCUAGUCCUAGCACCUACCUUCACCCUCCUGCAUCUGAUCCAAACUGGGUCAGUCUGGCAUGCAGCCUUAAAGGUUGCUGCUGUUCUAGAACAUUAGAAAGGAAACGGGAAAUACGUAGCAGUAGAUCAUAUGGAGCACAUUAUAACUAUAUAAUUACUGCAUCUUCCUCUCAACAUGAAUAAAUUCCACUACAAUCAGUUUGAUGAAAAUUAAAUGGUUGAUUUUAACCAUUUGAUCUUCAGGGUGCACAUUUCAUCUUGCGGAGUAUAUUGUGCCCUUAAAAUAUUAAUAAUAAUGUCUGAAUGCUACAGUGUUUUGGUGUAGAUGAUUUCCUUACCAUUAAUUUCCCCUAAACUCUUGUUUUAUUCAGAUGGUUGUCUUCCUUACUAAGUAAAUGGCAAUUGACUUUAAAAGCAAUGGCAUUACCCAGUAUAACCUGCAAAAUGACCAAAAUUAAUCAAAAUAAAAGUGGUGUUUGUAUUAUUUUUAGUACAAAAAGCUUAAUUCUUGAGGUUCUGAUUAAAUGAUAUGUUGGCUUAAAUUAUCCAGUUAUUGGAUUAAAUGCAAAUCCCACAGCAGACCCAGUUCUGAGCUGUUUAUGACUCCCUUAUGGUGUUCAGCUCACAUACUACUACUUGAGGAAAACUCCUGUCACUACUCUCUGGUAUAGAGUUCUGAGGCUAGUAUAGGGCUGGUGGAUCCUGUCUAUGCUGCAUACUUUAUAGAGAUGUGCCAAAGGAAUAGCUUUGGGUCAGCAGGAGCAAGGAAGAGGACUGGAGAUAUGUCUGAACUGUCUUGCACUCUGAUAUUCUGGACCACAGUAGUGUUCCAUAAGGGACCAGUCAAAGCCAGGAUAAAUUAGAGUAAGUUCUAGGUUAGACCAGAAUUCAGGAGAUACAAGUGUGAUUUAAGAACAGCUCAGAAUAGCAUGCAAAUGACAAAUUUAAAGGAAGCAAAGUAAAAAACUAAAACCAGCCAAACAAACACAGAAAUCCUAACACACAAACCAAUAGGUUUAUUGUUAUAGGAAAUGCAAAAGCAUAGCAAAAGAAAGCAACAAACUUAUAACAAAAGUCAAGAUCACAUAAAAUAAGCAAUUUAAACACUUAACAUGCUUGUGAAAGUCCAUUGUUGUAGUUAUUUUUUCCUGUGAGAAGCAACAGAAAACAUGCUUUAAAAAUUUAAGACUACAAUUGAAAAGGUAAACUGCAAAAGAUGGAAAUAACCAAUAAAAAACAUUGCAAAUCUUUGCUUG